AUGGGACUUCCGAAGAAGUAUUUAGAAUCGAUCAAUCAAUGGCUAGGAGGGAAGCGAGCAUUUAUUGAAAUAAAAGAUUGUAGGUCGAAAUGGUGUUCAAUUCUUCGAGGUGGUCCGCAAGGCUCGUGCUUUACUCCCACUCUCUUCAUUUGCUACCACGCUGAUAUGGGAGAGUUUCUUCAGUUUUGUGCUUCGUUCUUUUUCGCAGACGAUCUUGCGGCUGUCCUUGCUGGAGGCAUUGGGGAAAAAUAUACAAAGCAAUGCAUUGAUUUAGAGAGAAGAAUGAAAUUGUUCCUUGAUAAUUUGGCAUACUAUGCUUUAUUGAAUGUACAACCGAUUAAUUGGUCCAAAACAGAAGCUUUAUGGUCCGCUCGGGCUCGAGGAGUUUAUGGAAAUGCGCAAUUUGUGAUUAAAUGCGGUGAUAAGAAGGAUGAAACGAGAGAAAUAGAAGGUAAAAUGUCGGGAGAAAUCACUGUCAGUUGGGUAAAAGAAUUUAAAGAAGCUCUACAGGUUAAUGGUAUUAUGAAGGGAUGA